CUGAGUGUGCUGAUGUGUGCAACAGCCAACGGUUCUGCUAAGCUGUCACUUCAUAACUGGUGCAAUUUUUAACACACGCAUAAUUCACUAUCACCUACGUACGCUUUGAUAUAAGUGUGUGACAGUUAGAAUCAGCUGAAGAAAAGAUCGAACGGAGUCUUUGACGUAUUUAAAAUACGUGUGUAACGGACUGUGUUUUGGAUCGUAGUGAUUCUAUCAAGUAGUUGGAAUAAAGGGUGUCAGAUGACAUUUCCAAGAUUGCCGUGGACAACGAACUUUGUUAUGUGAUAUGUCUGUCCCUCUUAUAACGCUCUGUGUCAUACGUAUUGAGAUUGAUAAUCCCGAACUUUCUGCAGACUCAAGCACAAUGAACAAAAACACUAAAAAAAUGAGAGGUCGCAGAGAACCUAGAAAUAUAACAGUAGAAACUUAUGCGAGUCCAGAUGAUGGACCCUUUCCACUUUUGCCAAAAUCUGCCAAUUUGCAGAGCUCUGAAUCUCAGUCGACCUCCAGAGAAAAUUCUGAAGAGAAAACAAAUCCUCCCAGCAGUGCUACAAAUCCUGACAACGCAUGCGGAGCUGUUGCUAGUAAUGUCAUUGAUGAUCAAAUUAAAUUUGUAUCUGGAAAUCCUUUUGUAGAAGUAACAAAGGGUAUAUUACAUCUUUUUAAAGAAAAUUCUUUGACAGAUAUGCAUUCAGAACAGAAUCAGAGUAAUACGAUUUGCAUACUAUCUGUUCCUUGCACCAUGACUUGCCAUGAUUUAGUGAGCUUCACAGCUGCAUGUCACCAAAAUAUACAAUAUUUUAGAAUAAUUAGAGAUGGAAAUCCAAAUAACUACAUGGUUUUAAUAACUUUCAGAACACCUAGUGCAGCUUGUGAAUUUUAUGAAACAUAUAAUGGAUCACCAUAUAAUUCCUUAGAGCCAGAAACAGUGUGUCACAUGGUAUUUGUUUCACAAGUUGAGACUGCAGAUAAUGGAUUGCCACUGGCUGGUCACACAGAAUUACCAUCUUGCCCAGUGUGUUUAGAAAAAAUGGAUGAAAGCGUAGAUGGCAUAUUAACCAUUCUAUGUAAUCAUACGUUUCAUGCAGAUUGUCUUGUAAAAUGGGGUGACACCUCCUGUCCUGUUUGUAGAUAUGCACAAACACCAGAGCCUGUUGCAGAUAGUCAUUGCAUGGAAUGUGAUGCGGAAGCAACUAAUGAAGCUUUGUGGAUUUGUUUAAUUUGUGGACACGUUGGCUGUGGUCGAUAUGAUCAAAGUCAUGCUUUUGAACAUUAUCAGGAUACGCAUCAUUGCUAUGCCAUGGAGUUAGGACAAAAUCGUGUUUGGGAUUAUGUAGGAGAUCAUUGGGUAGAUAGAUUAUUGCAAAAUAAGGAUGGUAAAAUGGUAGAAAAUGGUCAAGAACCAAUGAAAGGUGGAAGCGGUUCAAUGGACGAGAAAGUUGAUUCAGUACAACUUGAAUUUACAUAUUUGCUCACAUCACAACUUGAAACGCAAAGACAAUACUUUGAAGAACGACUAGAUAAAAUCGAACAAAGAGCUUCUGCUGAGACAAAUGAAUUAAAAGAAAAAGUUGAUCAUUUAUCAGAAGAAAAUGAUAAAAUGAAGACCCAAGUUGCUGCUUUAAACAGAGAUAAACAAAAUUUAGAAAAAAAAUUACAAGGAUCCAGUUCAAAAUUAUCAAAACUACAGACUCAAUUAACUGAAGAAAAAGAAUUGCGUCUAGCCCUUCAGCGAAAUCAAACAUCUUGGCAAGAGAAACAUAAAAAAUUGCAGGAUGAGAUGAAUGAUUAUAAAGAAAAAAAAGAAUCAGAAACUACAGAUUUGCGGGAGCAAAUACGAGAUCUCAUGUUCUUCAUAGAAGCACAAAAACAAAUUGAAAAUUCAGCUGAAAAGGAAGAAAUUGCAUCUGGCCGUAUCGUUGUUGGGCCAGGUUCAACGAAAACUAAGAGUAAGCGCGAAAAGAAACACUAAUAAAUUCAAUUAAAAUUAUUGAAAGUGAAAGUUGUGUUGAAAUGAAAAAAAUGUGUUGUGUAAUAACGGUUGUAUAGUAUUAUAAUACUGUUAUAUGAAAAAUACUGAAAUAAGAGCGAUAAAUUAUUCGAAUAAAAAACGAAACGAUCUAA